CUGUCCCUCACUGCUUGUGCCUCAGGAGGCUCUGGAGCAGGAGGGGGCAGUGUCGCGCAGCAGCUGUCCCUGCAGGACAUCGCUGAGCUGAUCCGGACCAGGGCCUGCCACAGGGUGGUGGUCAUGGCAGGGGCCGGCAUCAGCACGCCCAGCGGCAUCCCUGACUUCAGGUCUCCGGGGAGUGGCCUUUACAGCAACCUCCAACAGUACGACAUUCCGUACCCUGAAGCCAUCUUUGAACUCACAUUCUUCUUUCAAAACCCCAAACCCUUUUUCACCUUGGCCAAGGAGCUGUAUCCCGGGAACUUCCGGCCCAACCUUACGCACUACUUCCUCAGGCUUCUGCAUGAGAAGGGCCUGCUGCUACGGCUCUACACACAGAACAUUGAUGGGCUGGAACGAGUGUCUGGCAUCCCGGCCUCAAAACUGGUGGAAGCUCAUGGUACCUUUGCAUCUGCCACCUGCACAGUCUGCCUACGGCGCUGCCCUGGGGAGGACUUCUGGGCGGACGUGCUGGCGGACAGGGUUCCCUGCUGCGGGGUCUGCACCGGCAUCGUGAAGCCCGACAUCGUGUUCUUUGGGGAGGCGCUACCAGAGAGGUUCCUGCUGCACGUGGUCGAUUUCCCCAUGGCUGACCUGCUGGUCGUCCUCGGGACCUCCCUUGAGGUGGAGCCUUUUGCCAGCUUGUCUGAAGGCGUCCGCAACUCGGUGCCCCGAGUGCUCAUCAACCAGGAUGUGGUGGGCACGUUUGCAUGGCGACCCCGGAGCAGGGAUGUGGUGCAGCUGGGGGACGUGGUUCACAGCGUGGAGAAACUGGUGAAGUUGCUGGGCUGGACAGAGGACAUGCGGGACCUUGUGCACCAGGAGACAGAAAAGGUACUGAGGAUGGGCAGGAAAGGCCCCUCAGCUGCCUGA